CUGCUGCGGCGCGGGACGCGGACGGCGCGUGCAGGUACAGACUCCCGAACACAUCUGGCUGCCCGCGCGGCGCGCACGCGCUUCAAGUGCUUCAGCACCAGAGAGUUCUGAAUUUCCAGACCCCCGGUGUUCUGAGUGAAGAUGGUUCCUGAGCUGUUCUGGGUCCUGGUCUUGGUGAGCUCUGCUGCCAGCGACCUGGACUCCCUGUUCCCGGACCUGGACCACUCCAGGACCAUCUAUGUGACAGAGAACGGCCCGCGGCUGUCGGUGGUGGCCGAACAGUCGAAGGUGGUGUCGGUCCGAGGCGGGAACGCUACGUUACCCUGUCGGAUCCAGCGUGACCAAUCCCUGGCUCCGGGCCGCAAGAUGAGGAUCAAGUGGACCAAGCUGACCUCGGACUUCCUGAAAGAGCUGGACGUGUUCGUCGCCAUGGAUACCCACCGCCGGAGCUACGGCAGCUUCCACGGCCGGGUGCAGCUGCGAGGCUCCGCCCCCCUGGACGCCUCGCUGGUCAUCACGGACAUCACCCUGGAGGAUUAUGGGAGAUAUAAAUGUGAAGUGAUCGACGGGCUGGAGGACGGGACGGCGGUCGUGGCUCUGGACCUGCAAGGCGUCGUCUUCCCGUACUUCCCCCGCCUCGGCCGCUACAACCUCAACUUCUACGACGCGGAGCGCGCCUGCCGGGACCAGGACGCCGUCGUGGCGUCCUUCGACCAGCUGUACGACGCCUGGCGGGCCGGCAUGGACUGGUGCAACGCCGGCUGGCUGAGCGACGGCUCGGUGCAGUACCCCAUCAACACCCCCCGGGAACCCUGCGGGGGCAAGAACACGGUGCCGGGGGUCCGCAACUACGGCCUGAGGGACAAGGACAAGAACCAGUACGACGUGUUCUGCUUCACCUCCCAGUACCAAGGCCGGUUCUACUACCUGAUCCACCCGUCCAAGCUGACGUACGACGAGGCGGUCCGGGCCUGCCAGAAGGACGGCGCUCAGAUCGCCAAAGUGGGCCAGAUGUUCGCCGCCUGGAAGCUGAGGGGCUUCGACCGCUGCGACGCCGGCUGGCUCGCCGACGGCAGCGUGCGCUACCCCAUCGCCACCCCGCGGCGGCGCUGCAGCCCCACCGAGGCCGCCGUGCGCUUCAACGGCUUCCCCGACAAGAAGCACAGGCUGUACGGAGUGUACUGCUUCAAGGGACACAACUGAGACAGACAGACACACACACACACAGACACACAGACACACACACACACACACACACACGCACACACACACACCUUCAUGGAAACCUUUGGACAAACUCAUGUUGUUACUUUGUACCUUCAACCAGGAAGUUUACACAUAUUUAAGGUUCUUAUUGUUUAAUCAAAGUCUUUAAA